UUCAGGGCUUAUGUGCCAUCAUUCUUCUACGAUUCAACCGAUGGCAUUUGCAAGGAGUUCAUUUAUGGUGGUUGUGGAGGAAAUACUAAUCGUUUUGAAACUGCUAAUGAGUGCGCAACCAGGUGCGCACGACUACAUCAUGCAAGACGAGAACUAACCCGCACGUUCCCCACAGCUGAGGCAGUGCGUCAGUACGAUGCGGCGCCGGAACGCGUACAACUCCAAUUAAAUGAAGCAGAACAAACAUCUCCUGAAAGUUAUGAUGAUAACGUGAACGACGAUGUUCUACUUAAAAUGGAUUACGAUGAGAAAAAGGUCUUGUCUAUUGGAAAAGUUUACCCUAUGACCUAUGACCUACCGGAACUUUGUGCUUUACCUGAAGAACACGGGUCUUGUUACGAUGACAUUCUAAGAUGGAGGUUUGAUCCAGAAAGAAAUUCUUGUACUUCCUUCAUGUAUGGUGGAUGUGAUAUGAAUGCGAAUCAUUUUACCAGUGAGAACGGAGUCUGUGAACUGUGCCUUGCGAGCUGGCGAACAGAUGUAUGCACUCGCCCAGAGGUCGGUGGCUGUGAAGCAUCCGUGAAUAAGUGGUACUACGAUAAAGCGAAAGGGAUUUGUAAUAUAAUGUUCUGGAGCGGAUGCGGAGGAAAUGGAAACAGAUUUUCGUCGAAAGAAGACUGCGAAUCACUUUGUAGAGAAGAAUCAAGCUGGAACGCAACGACUGAUAUAUGCCAGCUGCCUCGCUCAUCUGGACCAUGUCGUGAUGCGGUGACCAUGUGGUACUUCGAUGUCGGGGAAGACAUUUGCAAACAGUUCACCUAUUCUGGUUGUCGUGGUAACGAGAAUCGUUUUGAGACGAAGGAGCGCUGUGAAAGGCGAUGCGUUGAAGAACGUCAUGGUAACUCUGUGGAAGGCAAUGACAAAUCAUCGUUUGUAGGAAAUGUUGCCGCCGAGCACCGCCUACAAGCCAGCUCUCAUAGGACAUAUCAAGCUGGAGAAAAGGUCGAGCUCAAAUGUGACACACGUGGAGUUCUGCCAGUUGUAUGGAUGAAAAAUGGUGUCCUGCUCAAUUACGACGAGAGAAUUCAGGCCCACGACCAGUUCGCUAGAGUGACCAUAUCGCAUGCUACACCCAACGAUAGUGGUGAAUACAGAUGUGCUGUUGGACCAGACGGCUUGCUAAGUGACGCCCACAUCGUGGAAGUGAUCGUUCCGAACCGCGAAGGGACCGAUUGUACGGCGGACAGGGGCACAUGGAAGACAUGCGCCUUGAUAGUGCAGAAUGGUCUUUGUGCAAAAAAGCGGUACAACGAAUUCUGCUGUAAAUCAUGUCAAUCUGCGUAA